AUGCCACUUGUCAAUGUUGAUGAAAAUUCGAUUAUUGGAUAUCAUUUUCACAUUUAUUAUUAUCCCAAUGAUUCGUUGGAUGAAAUUGCAAUUGAUCAAUUAUUUAAUUAUGCAAAAGAUCAAUGGGGAAAAGAAUUACGAGUGGUCAUGUGGAAACAAAUUAUUGGACCUCACACACUUCCUUUUUUUGAAAUAGAUAUUAUUGGAAAAGAUCUUGUUCAAAAACAUUUCACACAAGUAUUCAACUGGGUCAUGAUGCAAUGUGGAGGACACGGAAAUGGUGCUGGAGAAAAGGGACGACCUGUUCUAUUGCAUCCAGUGUUUGAGAAUGAUUCAAAUCAAGUACAAGCUCAUUCCAUUUAUAGUAUGUGGUUAGGAGGAAGAGUCCCUCCUGUCAAUUUAUCAGUGUUGAAAAAGUUUGAUGAUAUGGAAUAG